UACCACGGCUCUCCUUGCUGGAUUGACUUUGAAGCGUCAGCCGUGUCUGUGGUCUGGAGCGUUUGGCAUUCCAGCCGUCACUGUCUCCUUGCUGCUCCCAAGAUCUGUGCACGAAACUGGAGUUCUCUCCUGAAAGCACCUCCCGGCAAGUUUUACUAGCUAAGACCGAAUUGUCAUAAUGGCACCAAAGAAGAAAAGUACCAAAAAAAACAAAAGUGAAAAGAAUGAAUUACCAAAAAUAAGUAUUGUUGAGGAAACCACCAUUGAUAUAGACCAACUGAACCAUCUCAAUACUCUCUUCGAUAGUGGAUCAAAUGGAUUUCGAUGCACAGCCACGGAAAUCACCAAUCCCAACCAUGGUUCCAUCAUCUUGGAGGAAAUCAACAGGAUGCGCCAGGAGAGACUCCUCUCUGAUCUCACACUAUCCACAAAAAACAAAUCCUAUUACGUUCACAAAGUGGUGAUGGCAGCUUGCAGUGAUUAUUUCCGCAGUAUGCUAAAGAAAGAUCCAUCUGUCCAAUGCGUAGAUGUCAAUGAUGUGUCACCUUUGGGUUUGGCCUCUGCCAUAAGCUAUGCCUACACAGGGACACUCAGUUUGUCUCUUUACACCAUUGGAUGCACCAUUGCUACUGCCACCCAAUUCCAAAUGUAUACCUUGAUCAACAUGUGCGCUGACUUCCUUAUUCAAGAAAUUAAUGUAGAAAACUGCAUGUACAUCUCCAACAUUGCCGGAACAUAUGGGCUCAAGCAGGUUAAAGAAUCAGUGAGGAAAUUUAUCCGUGAAAAUUUCUUGGAGUUUUCGGAGAAUGAUCAAUUCAUGAAGCUGACUUAUGACCAAAUUAGUGACUUGUUGAUGGAUGAUAGCCUGCAGCUGCCCUCUGAGCUCACUGCUUUCCAAAUUGCUAUGAAGUGGUUGCAGUUUGACUCCAAGAGGGUGAAACAAGCAGCUGAUUUGCUGAGUAAUAUCAGAUUUGGAACCAUUUCAGCUCAUGAUCUGGUCAGUUAUGUUCAACCUAUCCCAUGUAUGAUGCAAGAUCCCGACUGCCAUCGACUUCUAGUUAAUGCCAUGAACUACCACCUCCUGCCUUAUCAACAGAACUUGAUGCAGUCCAGAAGAACAAAGCUGAGAGGGGGACAGAAGGUAUUGGUAACUGUGGGUGGUCGGCCAGCUUUGACUGAGAAGGCUUUGAGCAGAGAAAUCUUAUACAGAGACCCUGAAAAUGGAUGGAACAAACUUGCAGAAAUGCCAGCCAAGAGCUUCAAUCAAUGUGUAGUGGUGAUGGAUGGCUUUUUGUAUGUGGCUGGUGGUGAAGAUCAAAACGAUGCCAGAAAUCAGGCUAAACACGCUGUCAGCAAUUUAAGCAGGUAUGAUCCUCGUUUCAAUACUUGGUUUCACCUCUCCAGCAUGCUCCAGAAGCGAACCCACUUCAGCAUGUGUGCUUAUAACGGCCUCCUCUUUGCUGUGGGGGGUCGGAAUCUGGAAGGUCCUCUAACAUCCAUAGAAUGUUACGUCCCUUCCACCAAUCAGUGGCAGAUGAAGGCUCCAAUGGAGGUCUCCCGCUGCUGCCAUGCUUCUGCAGUGAAUGACGGGCAGAUCCUGGUAUCUGGUGGCUACAUUAACAAUGGCUACUCCCGCACUGUUUGCACCUACGACCCUACAACGGAUACAUGGAAAGACCGUGCCAGCCUGAGCACCCCGAGAGGCUGGCACUGUUCCAUCACCCUCGGCGAGUAUAGCUACGUGAUGGGUGGCAGUCAGCUUGGGCCGCACGGUGAGCGAGUUGACGUGUUAACGACUGAACGCUACAGUGCCUACAACGGCCAGUGGAGCUACGUGGCUCCUCUAUCGAUUGGCGUGAGCACUGCAGGUGCAACAACCCUGAACGACAGAAUCCAUCUAGUUGGAGGCUGGAAUGAAAGUACAAAAAAGUACCAGAGUUGCAUCCAAGUCUACAACCCUGAUCUGAAUGAAUGGACUGAGGAAGAUGAUCUACCCGAAGCCACUGUGGGUGUUUCUUGUUGCACCAUCAUGUUACCCAACAACAAACUUAGAGAGUCUAGAGCAAGUUCUGUGGCAUCUGCAGCAAUCAGUAUCUGAUGAGCCUCAUGUUUUAAUUACAAAAAAAAAUCUCCCCCCACAUCCCAUGCUGAGGAAUCUAAACCCUACGUUACUACACCAUUCCUGCCCCAUUCCAUGAAUAAUAUCCUAGAUCAGGCUGAAGCAGCGGGUGGUUCUGUCUUACGACCCACAAAGUUUUAUCUGUAUGGAAGAGCUCAGCAAAUCUUCUAAACCACAAUUGCGCCCCCAACACUGUGAAGUGCAGAGAUAUUUUCACUUUCCAAGCAAGUUUCAUCAAAUAUUUUUUGCGAAGGUAGUCCAAAACGCAAAGUCAUAUCUACUUAUCAAAUUGAACAAUUCACUGGCCUUGGGAGCCUCCAAGACACAAUGAAUCAUGGACAAUGACUAUCAAAAGCAUUAUCUGAUUCUAUUAUGACUUGUAUGUGGAGAACAAAAGGUUUUACUUGUGGAAUACAGACUUGGUAAAGUUGCAUCAAUAUUAACCAGCUCGAGUGAGGAAGACCCGUCAAAAAGUAAACUAAGUUUAAAAUGUAUGUUACAUCUCGAGUUCAGAAGUCAGAAAAGGAACAUCUGUAUUCUCCCUUUUUUAACAUCUCCAAGGUAGUGACUGUUUGUACGUAAAAGGUAAGGUCUUAACUUCCAAUGAGUAGUGAUGGCCGUGCCUCUCCACAAAGCUUUGCUGAACAUUUGACAAUGUUUAGGCAGCCUCACUGGGUACCGUCGAACCAGUUGGGAAGGCUUACAGGUACUGCUUCUGUUGAUCAUUUUAAAUGUAUCAAUCAAACAUCAAAAAUUAAGAUGAAAGCUCAAUGAUUUAAAGAAUGGGUUCUUUGAUUUCAAUGAUUUUAAAAAAAUGGGUCUUCCAGAAUUGAUUUUAGAAGAACAACAAUUAUUUAAAUCAGAUGCGUUACUGGCUGAUGGAAGUAAAGGUGUGAAUCUUGGGUUGCUGACUUUGAUCAGCUCUGUGAUAAUAAGGUUGUGAAAAACAGCGUUAAGAUAGAUAUAUUUGCAAUCGUUUAUGUAGUAGGAAGGGAAGGUAUGUUGUAGUAAUUCCAUUAUUUACAGAAAUUGGGAAGAUGCAGUAUAUCACCACCUGAGGCUUGAACUUUUAACUAUAAAGUUAGCAAGUAUGAACAGAAAAGUGAUUGAGAUGUUAUUGGUGUGUUCAUUUUAACACUCCCCCAAGCCCCAGAAUUGAAAGGAGUUCUCUUUCUACCUUAGUAACAUUUAUUUUUUUAAAAAGGUGUUGAAAAAUCCAUUCUGUUUCCUUGGUGCAAGCUCCAACAAUUCAGAAGGCCAAGACACAAAUCAGUACAUAGUGUUAGAAAUACUCAGUAAGUCAGGCAGAUAUGAUGUCCAAGGUCAAUAGCUCUUUUUAAGAAUUGAAAGAACUUGGUUUAAACUGCAAAGGAUGGAGAAAAGAAAGAGAACAUCUGUGAUCGGGUGGACCAAAGGUUGGUCUUGUGAUGCAUGUUUUCCAAAGCCACCAAAAUUAAUAACCAUAAUAGAGAGAAAGUAAGAAUCAUGCUGGAACUUCGAUAUACAGAACAGCCAGAAUUCACAGUUAAUGCCUUAGCUGGGUAACUUUGCAUCAGAACUGUUCUCUGAUAAACGUGAGAGGGUAGUUAUCUGAAAUUGUUGAAUUUACUGUUAAACCUCAUCAGAUGGAAUGUGUCCAGAUAAAAGGAGGGCUCCAAUUCGUUGAGCUUUCUCUGGGCUUCAUUGAAAUAGUGCAGGAGUCAAAGACUGAAAACUGAGAGUGAGAAUUAAAGUAACAGGAACUCUGAACACUUUGUCUUUAACUUCCUCCACUUUUCUAAUGAAGCCCAGCAUAAGCCUGUACCUUUUCUUUACAGGCAUGUUGCAAUCCUUGGGCUCGACACAGAGUUCAAUAUUUUAGAUAACUAGCCUUUGUUGUUUUUUUUGCUUUUAUGAGAACUGAAUACCUCUGAUGUAAGUUCACCCACCUAUAGGAUUAAAUUUGUUUUUCCCCUUCUCUCCAUAGAGCUGCUGAAUAUUUCAGCAGUCAUUGUUUCAGAUUUUCAACAAUCACUCUGCAUCUCACAAUUCCAGCAUGAAUUUUCCUCUCUUCCACCAAUGGUCCUCAUUUAUCUGUUAACUAAAUUACUUCAGCCGCACACUUGAUCACCACCCCAUCAAAAACAUUUCCUUUGUUAUCUCCAAAUUAAAGCACGUACAGAUCUCAACUUUUCAGUUCCAAAGAAGGGCUGUUGACCCAAAACCGCAAUUGUUGUUCCUCUCUUCUAACAUGGGGACUGACCUACUGAGUAUUCCCAGUACUUUGUUUUUAUUUCAGAUUUCCAUUAUUUGCAGCUUUUGAUUUUCAAAAUACAAAUAAGAAACUGGGAGAGGGACAGUCAUGUGCCUGAAAUAUUAACUCAGCCUUCCAUUGUCCAUUGAUACUGCUGGGCCCGCUGAAUGUUUUCAGCUCAUAAUUUAAACUUAUAAUAAUGAAUAAUAAUAAUAGUAAUAAUGAAUCCCAAGAACAAAACAGGAUGGGAGAUGUAAAUGGUCAUUUCCCUAAAUGAGUUCAAAUCUUCACCAAGUCUGAAGAUUUCUGCCUACAUAGAACUUUACUUUUAACUGGAUUGAAUAAAAUGGUUCGUCCAAUAGUAAUGAGGAUUGAGCUUAAGAAUUAGUCCUUGGUGGAAAUCAAAUGAAACAUAGCUGUAAUGAACGUGAAUAAAAAGGAGGGACAUUUGGUUCUUACGGUCAAACAAUCAUAGAUUGAAAAUAUCUAACCAAAUAUGUGGCAAACUAAAGACUAUCCAUCAUAUUGCAAGUUUAAGAUAAAGACUUGUGAAUUUGCUUUAAUGACGUUAUUGGUUCACAGCUAAAAUAUUACACAAAAUGCUAAACAAUUAUAGGAAGAGGAACAAAACAUAGCUCAGCCCACCAUGUUCUGUUUUAAGUACUGCAACAUCUGUCUUAAUUAAGAUGUGGUGUAAAUCCCAGCAGUGGCAAAUGCUUGAGCCUAGUCUAAUCCUCUCCCUUAAAAUGCAGAACAAAGAUAAAAAUAUGUAUUUAGUCCAGAAUUUAGGAAGAUUUUAGACAUGACAUGAAGAAAAAUAAAAGCUGACAGCAGGUACUUCAAAACAGAAUGAUAUUGGUUGGUUCAGUAUUUCCUGGGAGCUGCAAGUCAUUCAUCUACUUGUCCCUGCCACAAGUGGAUCCCCAGAGAGAACAUACUGACCUGAUACAUCCAUAAAUCCCAGAAGUACUUUGACAUUAAAAUCUUUAACAUACUAUAAAGACGAAAGUACAUUUAUUUAAAUUAGAUUUUUGAAAUAAGUUACCUAAAACCUGCUUGCCUCUCUAUUUGAAAUGAAUGGCUUCAUUGUGGAUUGUUCAGAUUUUCUAGUAUACAUAACGUCUGGGAAACUUGCAGGAGGUUUUGUCUCCACUGCCAGACUCCAUGACAAAUCCAAUGUCCCAGCACAUUCAGAGUAAGAGCAGCAAGGUCCUGUCAGAAAGUUUGGGAUUUUCAUUGUGUUAACGCAUAGUGACAUGGAAGACCUGAGCAUCCUGACGGUGUGUGGGAAAAUGGCGUAUGCCACACACAGAACUAGAAAAUUAAUUUUUUUGUUGAUUCUAGAAUUGCAUUUAACCUAACUCAGCUUGGAAUAUAAUUACAUUUCAAGUUUAGUUACAAGUAAAAAUUGUAAUUUCUGUACGGAUCUCAGAAACGUGAAGAUGGUAAAACCGUGAUGGUGGUGAAAAGCUUUAGUGUUGGUUUUAAGAAAAGGCAAGAAGCUUUAAGAAAGAUUAUAGUGCAGUUAAUGGAAUCUUGAGCAGUUUAAGGUAUUGCAUUUUUAAAUGUUGAAGUUAAUGUAAGAGAAUAAGAAAGGUCACUGAAAAAGGUUAAUGUUGACUUGCUUGUUAAUGAAAGCUAAUGUCCAGUGUUUUUUUUUAAAAACAUGGCAAUACAGUUGAUACUGUUUCUUUUGCCAAAGUUACAAACAUUUCAAAUAUCCUUGCAAUGUACAAAUAAAAUAUUAUCAAUGCUGGAAUUUGCCGGGUAUGGGUUUUACAGGAAUUAAACAGGUAGGGGGAGAAACGUUACAGAGAACUACACUAAAUCACCAGUCUAGCAUUCAACUGCAAGCUCACCUUUGAUGUACUGAGAUCCUGUCAAGGCUUGACUACAGCCUUCAAGAAUCAGGCAAGUACAGAAAAUAGAGAUGUGUAUCAAAAAGAAGUCAGCUACAUGAUAUCUCUUCAAGAAAGUUACCACUGUAAAAUGAACAUUUGAUACCAGUUGAACUAUCUUCAGCUUUUACUGCUGACAUUUUCCAAUUUUGUAUUUACUAUUGCUAGCAUAUUAACUUGGAAGGCAACAGAGGCAUUACCGAUCACGAGAGAAAAAAUGAAUACGGAACAAAUACACAAAAUAACCAGAUUGAACCCGAACAGAUUUCCUAAUUUUAGAAUAAGAUUAUUUCACCGAAAUCUUAUUUGUAUUCAAAUAGGAUAAUUAUUAAGAACCCUCACCCCUGCCAACCCUUUGCCAACACCAGCACUGAAAUUUCUCCAAUAUGAUUAAAUGGAAUGGUUUCAACCAGUCAAAUCAAGCUUCACUUGUCCAAACUUCAUUCUUCUCCAGAGGGAGUCAUUUCCAAUCUUUAGACAGUAUAACACUGGUAGACAGGCUGUGACUGAAGUUAGUAAAGGUUUUGUGAACAACAGAGAAAGUAAAAAUGGUUUGUUGAAUUUAAAAGAAAAUUGCCUUGAUCCAUUACAAAAAUGUCUGUCUCCUUGCAUAUUCACUGUCAUAAAAGGUGAUUUACUAUUUGUGUGAAUAAAAAUAUAUAAAU